GAUAUGCCACAGAAUACUCAUUCAUUCAAAGAUGUUGCUCGCUAUGGAGUGCGUUGGUUAUUCAGCUUCUUGCUGAUUGAACUUAUGACACACUUAUUUUAUUACAAUGCCUUUGUGAUCAGUGGUCUGUGGAGAGAACUAUCUCCUGUGGAAAUAUUUAUUGUCGGAUAUGGAGUGCUAAACUUCAUGUGGCUUAAGUUCCUUCUUUUAUGGAGAUAUUUCCGGUUUUGGUCUCUGGUGAAUGGCAUUGAAACUGUUGAGAACAUGCCGAAUUGCAUUAACAAUUGCUACAGCCUGGAAUCGUUCUGGAAAACCUGGCAUGCUUCAUUUAAUAGGUGGCUUAUCAGGUAUAUGUAUAUUCCUCUUGGUGGGUCACGAAGAAAGUUUCUGAAUGUGUGGGUUGUAUUUACUUUUGUUGCCAUGUGGCACGAUUUGGAAUGGAAGCUUCUUUCAUGGGCAUGGUUAACAUGUUUAUUCUUCAUGCCAGAAAUGUUACUGAAAUCAGCAUCCAACGCAUACAAGGUUGAGAGUGCUUUAGGAGAAUUCCUCCUACGUGAACUCAAGGCGUUGUCUGGUGCCGUCACAAUCACAUGCCUCAUGAUUGCAAAUCUUGCUGGCUAUGUCAUUGGACCAUCAGGUAUAAACUGGUUGGUCUCCAGCUUUCUUAAGAGAGAAGGAGUACCUGUUCUGGGCGGAGUGUUCUUUAGCUUGUACGUGGGUACAAAGCUGAUGUUCCACAUCCAAGACUUGAGAAGUAAAGCGCAUAGCCCGAAGUAGCUGAGGCAAAGAGUUGUAGUCGCCUCAGUUAUAAUCAAGUAAUGUCAUUAUUGUUAUAUUUUGUAUAAAAUUUUGGUCGGGCUAACUGAGUAUGUCCAUGCUGGAAGAAUCAAAAAUGAAAUUAACUUUGGCAAAGGCUUUUGGAUGGAUGAUCACAGACCACCUGCAGAUGAUAAAAGCAUAUUGAAUGCUGUUGAAAGGUA